CUCCUCUGUGCAACGCCACGUUCGCCGGCGCGUUAAUGGUGCGGAGCCCGUGCUGUCUGCAGGAUGAGCUCACGGGUUAUCUCUGCUGAGCGUCAUGCGGCUUGUUCCCUGUACAAUAAUAAAUGCUUACUUAGGCGAGCAGGAAGCCUGUUUGUAGGAGCGGCUGCUGGAGCUCUAACCGCUGUCUGGCGAAGCAUCACAGGGGAGCUCAGCUUUAAUGCAGUGUGUAUAAGGGCCCUCCAUAAAGCCUCUAUAACUGGAGCCACUGCUGCAACAAUAGGUGUGCAGGAAUGAAUACGCACCAAGGAGUAGGGCAAAGCCAAGAGCAGGAUGAGGUGACAGGACUGGUUUGUCAGGAAUCUGAUCUGCAUGACGGACAAAUGAAGGAGGUAACCGUGGAGGACCAGAAGGUGCUGUUGGUCCGUACCAACGGUCAGUACAGUGCAGUUGGAAGCAGGUGCUCCCAUUAUAAUGCCCCUCUCAUUAAAGGAACACUGGUUGGAGAGAGUGUGAGGUGUCCUUUUCAUGGUGCCUGCUUCAAUGUGAGAACUGGAGACAUCGAGGAGUAUCCAGGCCUGGACUGUCUACCAACCUACAAGGUCAAUCUCCAAGAUGGCAAUGUUUAUGUUUCUAUUAAUAAAAAAUCUAUGAAGUUGACCAAGAGGGUGAGGGAGAUGUGCACAGUUCAACCUGACGUCAAACACACCAUUCUGCUGGUAGGAGGAGGCCCUGCCUCGCUGGUUUGUGCCGAGACUCUUCGUCAGAACUGCUACCAGGGUCGCAUCAUCAUGGUAACCAAGGACAGCCUGCUUCCGUUUGACAAACCCAAACUGAGCAAAGCUAUGAACGUGGAGAGCAGCAGUAUGCUUCUGCGGCCGCAUGACUUCUAUCAACAACACGGGAUAGAAAUGUGGACGAGGAAAGAAGUGGUUUCUGUGAACCCGGCUAAGAAAUUUGUGAAGAUGAGCGAUGGCACCUCAGAGCGUUAUGAUCAGCUCCUCCUCUCAACAGGCUGCAGAGCGUGCCCUCUCAGGUGUCCUGGAUCAGAUUUAAAGGGGGUGUAUCUGCUGCAGAGUUAUGAAGAUGCCAAAGGGAUUCACACAUCCUCUCUCGGCCACAGAGCUGUUGUAAUCGGAGCGUCUUUCAUAGGUAUGGAGGCAGCUUCAUACCUGUCGGACAAAGCUGCCAGCGUGGCUCUGGUCGGUCCCACCAAGUACCCGUUUGAGAAGUCUCUGGGGCCGGCGAUUGGCAAGAUGACCAUGGAGAUGUUGGAGGAAAAUAAUGUAAAGUUCUUCAUGGACAAGAAAGUGACAGAGAUCAGAGGGGAGAACGGAAAGGUGAAGGAGGUGGUGCUGAAUGACGGUACUGUUCUGGCUGCUGAUGUGGUGAUUGCAGGAAUCGGUGCAAUUCCCAAUUCAGACUUCCUAGCAGGAAGUGAUGUGGCAGUGGAUUCAAGAAAAGCGGUUAUUGUUGACAAGUUCAUGAGGACCAAUAAAGCCGACAUUUUCGGUGCUGGAGACGUUACCUCCUUCCCUCUGAGCAUUCGCGGGGACCAAAGAGUCAAUAUCGGUCACUGGCAGAUGUCCCACGCUCACGGAAGAAUAGCAGCUCUGAGCAUGCUGAAUAAACCAACUCCGAUCGAGUCAGUUCCUUUCUUCUGGUCCAUGUUUGCUGGAAAGAGCAUCAGAUACGCAGGUUAUGGUGAGGGCUACACAGAAAUCAUAUUUAAAGGCAAAGUGGAAGAGCGGAAAUUUCUGGCCUUCUACAUAAAGGAUGAGGUGGUGGUAGCUGCGGCCAGCCUGAUGUUUGAUCCUGCCGUGGCUCAUGUGGCAGAGCUGAUGGCUAAAGGCAACGUCAUAACAAAGGCCAAGGCUCAAGCUGAAGACCUGAGCUGGCUGCAGAUGUAGCCGGGUAUCGUCAGAAGCAGGAACAUCCCUGCGAUCAAUUGAUGUUGUCUCCAUCUUCUUGUUUUCUGUCAUCCUCUACAGUGCCUACUUUGAUUGGUCCAUUAAUUGCUUUAGGCGUCGCAGUCAACUAAUCUUUUCUUACUUAAUAAUGCUGUUACCAUAGCAGCCAAUAAAACUUAAUUGCCGUAA